AAUUUAAAGAAGCAUAUGUUCCUUCACACAGGAGAGAGACCUCAUGUGUGAGAGGUAUGUAACAAGUCAUUUCCUCAAAAAAGUCAUUUAAACAAGCACAGCAUAUGCUACUUCACAAAAGAGAGAGACCUCAUGUGUGUGAGGUAUGUAACAAGUCAUUUACUCGGAAAACUAAUUUAAACAGGCAUAUGCUUCUUCACACAGGAAAGAGACCUUAUGUGUGUGAGUUAUGUAACAAGGCAUAUACUCAAAAAUAUGAUUUAGACAGACAUAUACUUACUCAUACAGAAAAGAAACCUUAUGUGUGUGAGAUAUGUGCAAAGUCAUUUACUCAAAACUUCUGAUUUAAAAAAGCAUAUACUUUAUCAUACAGGAGAGAAACCUCAUGUUUGUGAGGUCUGUAACAAGUCAUUUACUGUGAAAGGUCAUUUAAACAGGCAUAUGCUUCUUCACACAUUAGAGAAACCUCAUGUGUGUGAGGUAUGUAAGAAGUCAUUUACUCGGAAAGCUCAUUUAACUGAGCAUAUACUUCUUCACACAGGAGUUAGACCUCAUGUGUGUGCUGUAUGCAACAAGUUAUUUGCUCAAAAAUGUGAUUUAGACAGACAUAUACUUAUUCACACAGGAAAGAAACCUUAUGUGUGUGAGUUAUGUGCAAAGUCAUUUAUUCAAAAAUGUGAUUUAAAGAAGCAUAUAUUUUAUCAUACAGGAGAGAAACCUCAUGUGUGUGAGGUAUGUAACAAGUCAUUUACUCGGAAAGAUCAUUUAAACAACCAUAUGCUUCUUCACACAGGAGAGAAACCUCAUGUGUGUGAGGUAUGUAACACGUCAUUUACUCGGAAAGAUCAUUUAAACAACCAUAUGCUUCUUCACACGGGAGAGAAACCUCAUGUGUGUGAGGUAUGUAACAAGUCAUUUACUCAGAUAACUAAUUUAAACAGGCAUAUGCUUCUUCACACAGGAGGGAAAACUCAUGUGUGUGAGGUAUGGAACAAGUAAUUUUCUUGGAAAAGUAAUUUAAACAGCCAUAUGCUUCUUCAUACAGGAGAGAAACAUCAUGUUUGUGAGAUAUGUAAUAAGUCAUUUACUCAAAAUUCUAGUUUAAAAAAAAAUCUACUAAAUUUACACCGGAGAGAAACU